CCUCGGUCGACAGUUAAGCAGGCUGACCAGCGCCGGUACCACCCGCUAGCCCCUGACAUGGACACAGUGGUGCCCCCGUAAAUAAAGCAAAGCGGCGUUGACGGUCAAGGGAGCGGAGCGCUAUAUCAGCCGAGUGCUGCUUUUGCAGUGCGAGGACGAGGAAGUUCAUCUCUCCGCCCCAAUCGGGUUCUUCCCAACCCUAAUGGCUUAAGAAACCAUGGAGCCAACCCUAGAGACCCUCCAAGACAGCAGCGCCGACCGAUCGCCAUCGGUCACCGGCGAUUCUUCCCCCUCGGGGUCCGUCCCUUACCGCCGUCUCAAUGCCCGGGUAGCAGAGUUCGUCCCUCGCUCCACACAGCUCCACGCGUCUUCCCCGGCGUCGAUCCAGCACUGCCACUCUCCCUUGUCUCGCCCCGUGAUGCAUGCCUUCCAACAAGCGCCCCUCAGUCCUACUUACUUUACUCCUGGGCCGAGUUCGUUCGAGCACUACGGGGCUUCGUCAGCCGGUGGCUCUGGCGAUGAAGAGGGAGGGCACACUGGCGCUGAUCCUGAACUAGUCCCUCUGGAGAGGGAUGGACUUUCGGAGGAAUUUGUACAACAGAUCACGAAGCAGGUUGAGUAUUAUCUCAGUGAUGUGAACCUUGCUACAACUGAACACUUGAUGAGAUUCAUAAGUAAAGAUCCUGAUGGAUUUGGCAAACAACAUGGAUAUUGUGAACGUUUUAGUCUUCUGAGAGAUCUUCCUUUAGUGCCAAUAUAUGUAAUAGCUGCAUUUAAGAAGAUCAAAGCAUUAGUUCACAAUAAUUCACAGCUUGCUAUGGCACUCCGAACAUCUUCAAGACUGGUUGUAAGUGAAGAUGGGAAGAAAGUUAGGCGUCAGCAGCCUUUUACAGAGUCGGACAUGGAAGCAUUGCAGUCUCGCAUUGUUGUUACUGAAAACUUGCCUGAAGAUCAUUGUUACCAGAAUCUCUUAAAGAUCUUCUCAUCUGUUGGCAGUGUAAAGACUAUACGCACAUGCUAUCCACAACUUGCCAAUGGAAUAGCUUCUUCAAAUAAUAGACCAACAAGACUUGAAGUGCUCUUUGGUAGCCGAUUGCAUGCAUUUGUGGAGUACGCGACUGUUGAAGAUGCCGAAAAAGCAGUUGCUGAACUAAAUGAAGAGAAGAAUUGGAGAAGUGGUCUCAGAGUUAAAUUUUUUCCUAAAUUCUUGACAAAACAUGGGCUAGCUCGAGGAAGAAAAGGACAUGAAGGUGAAUUUAAUGGAGAUGAUGUGUCCACAUCAAACCAAUCAAAUGAAAGACAGAUUGAUGAUGCCUAUCACUUAUCUGAGGCAUCACAUGAGCAUGAGAAUGAGGAGGGCAAUGAUAAUGACGGAGCACCAAGGCGAGGGAGAGGCUGGGGACGUGGAGGGGCAAGGCUUGGGCAUGGUCAGCAUCACAACAAUAGUCGUGUAGCCGCCUCUCUGGUUGGCACCCCACCAUCUAGCCAUCUUAUUCAUUCUGACCGUGAGCAGCCUGUUCCAAACAAACCACCUCCCGGUCCUCGAAUGCCAGAUGGCACUAGGGGAUUCACCAUUGGUCGAGGGAAAUCAGCCAUUCCUGCAAGUACAGUCUAAAAAUGUUUUUAGUGUUUUCCUCUAUAUUCAUUCUCCAUGUGUAUGUUGUGGUCGUCAUCAGCCAAUCCACGGCUUUUAGUGCCGGUGCUGAUUUUGGUGUCACUGUAUCCAUUAUAUUAGCUGUGGUUGGACUAGUUUUUGUGGUCGAUUUGCAGGUUGUAUGUUGUUGGGUUCUUACUUUUCAUGGUCUGUUCUCCAAAGUAAAAAAAAAAUGCAAGGGAAUGAGAAAGGGAAGUUGGUACUUAA